AUGUUGCUGGAAAAACCCGACGACGUCAAGCACGAGAACGCGUCCGGCACUGUGUGUGCGAUCUACAGCGUCGACGCGCACCCCACGCUGGAGCUGUUCGCUACAGCCGGAGGAGACAAUAGCGUCAAGAUCUGGUCGCUAGAGCCACUGGAUGAAGGAUGCAUCGCCUCAUUUAAGCUCCUGGCUACAUUAGUGAACCACCAACAGGCGGUCAAUUGCGUGCGGUGGGCGGGUCAUGGUCGAUACUUGGCCUCGGGUGCAGACGAUCAGCUGGUACUGCUCUAUGAACUACAGCAAGGCGCUCCAUCUCCGGUGCCUUUUGGCUCGAACGCGAGGCUCAAUGAGCAGAAUUGGACGCGGUGUGCCACGCUCGAGAGACAUACUAUGGACGUGGCAGACGUGGCGUGGUCGCCGGACGACCGGAUGUUGGCGACCUGCAGCAUUGAUAAUACCAUUUUGAUCUGGGAUGUGGGUGUUGUUGGGGGACUCAGCGAUAUCACGAUACAGCCGAUUCAGACGCUUACGGGGCACAAUGGAUGGGUCAAGGGCGUCGCGUGGGAUCCUGUCGGUAAAUACCUGUCGAGUGCUGGAGAAGACAAGACAGUCCGAAUGUGGAAUGUGGCCGAUUGGCAAGAGUCCGACGUUGUCACAGAGCCGUUUGAGGGAUGCGCUUCCACGUCGCACUUUCGUCGCCUGUCCUGGUCGCCUGACGGCUCAGUCUUGUGUGCAACCCACGCUUUUAGUUCCAAGAAAAACAUUGCUGCUCUCCUCAAUCGCGGAUCCUGGACGAAUGAAUUGAAAUUUGUCGGCCACCAGGGUGUCGUGACCAGUGCACGGUUCAACCCCAAACUACUUGUGACAGCAUCAGAUCCUGAUAAGGAGUUUGCCUGCUGUGCUGUGGGUGGUGAGGACGCGACUGUUAGUAUCUGGCUAGCACAUCUAGCACGUCCGCUGGCCGUCAUCAAGGAUUGUUUCGAUUCGUCCGUGACAGACCUGACAUGGUCAAGCUCGAAGUCGCUCCUCCUUGCCUGCUCGCUGGAUGGCUCCGUGUGCUGUUUUCAGUUCGGGAGAGACGAGAUUGGCACUCCCAUUUCCGAUGCUCAGCAGAGUAAGCUUCUUCAGGCAAAGUAUGGAAAUCGAGCUGGUAUUACACUUGCAUCGACACUGGCGGAAAAUCCACUCCAGUUACAGCUUGAAGAGAAGUCGGUGACUUUAUCACGAGCGACCCACACAACGACUACAUUGGUUCCUAAGAAGAGGGAGAAGAUUGGCGGGGUUCAGGUACCCAGCAUACCACAAAGCAGGUCACUGGGUGGAGCAUGCAAAACCAAAAAAAAGCGGAUCACUCCCGUACUGCUUCAAGCAGAUGGUCAGCUCUCAGUGAACAAUCCAGCCUCGUCACAGAACAACAUCCGCAACAUCUUAGGUCCGACAAUUAUAUCACCGAAGGCGUCGAACGAGGUCCGCGUUGUUCCUGAGACCAAUGGUGCUGCUAGUGCGAGCGAGUUGGAGUCUACACCAGACCAGGGCGAGAAGACUGCGCCUAUUUCUCAGGAGACACUUUCAGCAGCGACGACAAGUGGCGCAUCGUCCAAAUUACUAAAGACCGAGAAGAAACAAGUGAGCGAUGAAACGUUGGCAAAGAGGAAACGAGAAAGUGAACGGUCUUCUACUCAAGCUGCCACUGUGGUAGCGAAGUCGAGAGAAGUCACUUCACGAGCACCGAAAAUACUGAUUCAGAGCCCCAAUGCUGGUCCACCUAGCAGGGAACGCUUACUGCCUGAAUUUCCAGUGCGGCUACUGUUUUCCGUACAAAUAGACAAGAAGACACAGUACGGCAGUUUGGGCUUGCGGUUGGACAGCGCGUUAGACGGCAACACGGGAAGCAGACCUGUGUCGUCUAAAUUGGUGAUAGAAGUGACCGUUCACAACGUGAAGAAAUCCCAUUCAGAAGAGAUCAUAGAGUCAGGCCCAGUGUUUUCGACGAUCGUAUGUUCCGAGGAAAGCCAGACAAAGUGGAUCGAUCGUGUUCCUGGUCGUGUCGUUUGCGUCGUGGGGAAUGAAAGCUACUGCGCUGUUGGUGUACACAACGGUGACCUGCUGAUUCUUAGUGGCAAUGGUCGUCGCUUGUUUCCAUGCCUUGCCUUGGGUAGUCCGAUUUCGGUGAUGGAGUGCAGUGUGUGCGAUUCACCCUAUUUGUUGGUGAUACUGACUACCGGCGAAUUGAAAGUGUGGAAUCUGGCUGAACGUCAGCUCGUUCUCUUGAGCUCGAUCGAGGCAAUAGCGAAUGUUACUCCUGAAGAAGACCGAAAGCUGACUUUUCUUCGAUGCCAAGUCACAACAAAGGGAAUGCCGCUAAUCACUUUUGCCGAGUCAACGUCCACAACGAAAGGCAACUCCAAGCUGCUGUCAUAUGCGUUCGAUUCAGCAAUGUCAUCGUGGAUGCGCGUGGCGGACGACAGCUUUGUGUACUCGGACUUUGCAUCCGCACUCCCGACAGAUGCAGUGGCAGUCAAAAGCAUUCCUAUUGGUCCACUGCGGCGGCUACAAAAUGCAUCUGGGUACGGUCGGGCUCAGAAAGGAAUUGCUUCAGCCAUGCUCUUUGGAAUGUCCGACGUGUUAGUGCAGCGCAAUGUGACGCGCUCGCACCUCGAGCACCAGGCUGCUGCGGCGAUGGUACUGAAGAGCCCGACCGAAUAUCGCUAUUGGAUUGAAGCAUACGUGCGGUUUUUGACGGUCGACGAAGACGCAGUCCGUCUGGACGAGCUAUGUGCUGAGAUGAUGGGUCCUUUCCAUGCGCUGUCUACCGCAAGCCCAGAUAACGGUAUAACUCCCACACGACGUGUUAGCGAGAGUAGCAAGUGGGACCCCAUGGUGUUGAAUGUUGGCAAACGGAACUUGUUGAAGACAUCCAUUCUACCGACAAUUGCGGCGAACCGCGCGCUGCAGCGCGUAGUGACGAAGUACCAGACGAUGUUGAGUGACAUCGAGUCCCGUGAAAAAAGCGACGAAGACGAGGACGAACAGUAG